AUGGGUUCAGACAAGAAGUUAUUGAUGAAGCAUCUCCCUGAUAAAUUGAAUGGUGUAGUCAAGCCAAAAAACUGUGACUCUGUUGUCAAGAUCUGCAAGGUGAUAAAAGUGCAUUGCAAAGCCAACUCGCAACUGUUCAGCGCUUACCUACAUAUUACUAUAAUAUAUGUAGGCGCUGAAAAAUUCCUUAAUUUAUAGGACUUUGACAAGAUUUAUCGAAUGAUGAAUGAGUGUGAUCCAUCACCCGAUAGAAUUGAAGAAUUCUUUGAACUGGUUAGUGCCAUACAAAUUACUAUCAUGUGUAUUGCAAGAGCCUGUCAUUUUCUUUGAUUAACCCUGAUUUUGUUACCAAGAAUUCCUUUGAGAAAAAGCAAUGAAAACUCAAAAGAAUUGUUGGUAGACAAAUUGAGGGUUAAUAAAAUUGUCUACCAUAGCUUUCAAGUAACACAGUGCAACAAUAUAUUGUACAACAGUUGAGUUCUUUUUAAAAAUCAAAAUGUACAUUAUUUUAUACUAGGCAAGUGCAUGUGGUAUGCUUUUUGUUUCUCUUGGUGGUGAAGUUAGUGGAUUUGGAAAACAACAUGUCACACCAUAUAUGCACUGCUUGGUGUACCAUGUCCCAAACUUUAUGCUGAGACACAAUGGCAUACGAAAGUUCACAGGGCAAGAUAAUAAUGAUUGCAUUAUAAUCCUAAGUUCAAAUCACACUUAUACCAUGUUAUUUAACAUCAAUUAUAUGUGCACUUUCUCUUUUUGUGUGUACAAAGGGGUGGAGAAAAAUAAUGAUGAUGUCAGAAAAUUUCACCUGACAAAGUCUAACAAAUGGGAUGCACCUAAAGACAUUUUGCUUGUUAGCAAGCGACUGCAGUUCACCAGUCAACAUGAGCGAGAACCAAGGGCAUAUAUGAAGAGAAAUGGUGAAUACUGGUCAACUGAGAUCAAAGAAGCAAGAAGCAAACGAAGAAAGUUGUUUGACACCCCUUGUCCAGAAUCGCAACCUAACAAUCCAGAACGUGUUUUAGAUAUCAAUGGUCUUUCAGUUCUUGAAAUUAAACAAGAGCUGAAGGAACUAGGAGUUAAAACACGAGCCCGAAAAUUAGAAAAAUUGCAAGAGAUUUUGAAAAGAGCACUUGAAGAUCAAUAA